ACGUCGAUGGGGACUUUUAUUUUGAAAUGGUUAGCCAUUUCAAGCCAAACGAGGGUAUUGAAAACGAUUAUUUUUAAUCAACACGGUCAUUCACGCCUUAAGGGUUACGUCUAAACAAACCAGGGUGAAAAUAAAUAAUAUACGAUUCUGACUUCAGAGAACUUUUGAUCUGUGAGUGCAGGACUCGGUUAAGUUCGGUUGCACGCGCACAAGGGCUUGGUCCGGGCGUAUCGCGAGCACCGGCUUGUGUUCACGUGCACGCGGACAGAUAUUUAACACCAAGGCAUGCUGAGAAAUAGCAUCUGACCAGCGAUGGUAAAUAAGAAACGGGCUCCUGCAGUUGUAGAAGAUGUCAGAUGUCACCAAGACCGUCCAGAAAUGGCAUGCAAGUUUAAAAAAGGGCACGGACUUUGAUUCCUGGGGCCAGUUGGUGGAGGCAAUUGAUGAGUACCAAAUACUCGCACGGCAGCUGCAGAAAGAGGUUCAGUCUCCAAAUUCUCAGGAUUUCACAGAGGAACAAAAGAAAACCCUGGGGAAAAUUGCAGCAUGUCUGGAGAUGCGAAGUUCAUCCUUACAGAGCACACAGUCCCAGGAGGAAUUUACCUUACAGGAUCUGAAGAAACUGGAACCCAUCAUCAAAAAUAUUCUCACUUACAACAAAGAUUUCCCCUUCGAUGUCCAACCAGUGCCUUUGAGGAAAAUCUUUGCACCAGGUGAGGAAGAGAACCUAGAUGUCGAAGAGGAGCUGGACACGGCAACGGGGACCGGAUUAAUCCAGUCCUUUCCUGCCAGAGCAUCAGCUUUAUUACCUCGGCUUCCCUCCGAGCCUGGGAUGACGCUGCUGACUCUGAAAAUUGAGAAGAUCGGUUUAAAAGAUGCAGGACAAUGCAUCGAACCUUACAUGACGAUUAGUGUCCGAGAUCUGGAUGGAGUCGAAUUAAACCCUGUUCAGGACACUCCAGUCUCAACACAUAAAGAAGAUACGUACAUUCAUUUCGACGUAGAUGUGGAAAUCCAGAAACAUAUUGAGAAACUACCAAAAGGGGCUGCUAUUUUCUUUGAAUUCAAACACUACAAGCCCAAGAAGAAGUUCACCAGUACCAAGUGUUUUGCCUUCAUGGAGAUGGAUGAAAUCAAACCCGGCCCCAUCGUGAUCGAGCUGUACAAGAAGCCGACAGAUUUCAAGAGGAAGAAACUUAAUCUCCUUACUAAGAAGCCACUUUAUCUUCACCUGCAUCAAACUCUACACAAAGACUGAGCAGCAUAUGAGCCAGUGAAAAAAUCAUCAGGAUCUUGAGGAACAGAACAGCAGACGUUUUAAUCGUUUUUGCCUUUUUAAUCUGUCUGAAGAGACCUUGGCUUGUCGCCUUGAUAAGAACAUGACAUUAUGCUUUGGAAUUCUGCCUGUAGGUUUAAUGGAAACAAGGAGAAUGUAAUCAGUCAACGAAGACAUCGAUACUGGCUGUGAUCUGUCCAUGUGAUGGUCAAGCAUCCACAGUGUUUGUGUCCAUUGUUUAUUACCACUAUGGAACAAGUUUGGACUCUCUACUAACUCAGCACUUAAUAACACUAUCACAACUAGCAAAUGUUUUCUGUAGCUUUCUUUCUUUAGGAGUUUGUCUGUUCCUGUUUAAAGAGUUUUCACCCACUGUCUCAUGCAGAAUGGUUCUUGUUCCGGGAAAUAUUUUGGGCCGUCUUGCACGCGCCGUAUUACACGUUUAAAGUCGGGAGGUUGUGACGGCAAGUUUAAAAGCUUCAUGUCAGAUUUUGAGAUGCGUUUUAAAUCAUUGUCCGGUUGUAGAAGCUCGUAGCUUCAGGUUAUUGACUGACGAUGUAUCAUUUGUUUUCAGGAUUUGCUGAUUUGUUUCCUGUACCACUGGCUACCACACAACCCCAAAGCAUAACAGAACCAAUCAUACGCUUACCUCACAUGCUUAGUUACAGAUCCUUAGCGGUUUAGAGUUUUAAAAUUUUCAGCCCUGCCUUUACAUCUGGACUCCUUGAAAGUUCAUGAAAUAUGAAUUAACUAUGCACAUCAACACAUUAACCAGGCUACAACUAUUCAAUUACAUUUAGGUUGUUUAUGUAACUAGGCAUGUUCACUAACCUAACUCAUCUAACCAACUAAUCAGGUACCUUACUCACAUCUACAACACACACAUAUAAUAUUAAGAAUAAAUGACUUUUGACUUAUAGUGAAAAGUCAUUUACUAAACUAAACAGUGGUGCAGCAUCAAUGGAGUGAUAUGUGCAAACAGAAUUGGUGAACCACAUCUGGACAAGCUCAGGAAAAGAGCAUUACAACUUUUUUGCCAAUGCUACUACAACUGUGGUUUUCCCUGUUGGUGCCAGACAGCAUUCUGGGAUAAAGUUGGCUGUGUAAUGAAAGACGGUCCCCUUCCACUGAUAUUUUAAUAAGGCCAACAAGUCCAAGGUCAUUUUAGUUUUCACUAGUGGUCACCAUGGUGCAGAUCUGCAGGACCCAAGCCAGGUUGCUUGGACAAUCGGGUUUGCUGCCUUCUUCUACACCACUCUCCACUGGUGUACUUGCAGAUUAACUCUCAUUUUCCACAUUUGGAUAACUCAAAAAUUGUUAAGAAUUUACGCAUGACAUCAGUGAACAGUCCGAGUCUUGAUCCGUCACUUUAUGUGGUUUUAAGGUGAGGGAACUGGCCGUGUGAUCUGUCCACCACUCCAACCGCAUCCAGAACAUUUCCACCUUUUCCAUGUGGGGUGUAUGCAAGUAUUUCCGAACCUCAUCUGUCCUUUGUAUUCUUGCUGUCAUGAUUAAGUCUUUAAAAUUAGUCUUCAGUCUUUAUCACACGUCUCCACCUCAUUCUCUGCAUAUUUUCAGGCGUUAUGAUUAAACGAUAGCACGAACAAACUCCGCGCUCUAGUUCACACAAUGAUGUAGCUAUUAAAGAGAAAACACUUGUGCUGUCUUUUAUGAAGGAACUUUCAAGGAAAGUGUAAAAAAAAAUAAAUAAAAAAAAUACUUUUGGCCAUAUAGCAUAUAUUCAUGAACACAAUCUUUAUAAUAACGAUCUGUGUUUUCCAACAUUACAUAUCUCUCAUAAAUCUUUUCGUAAAUGUUUAUAUGACCCUUCUGUAUUUCUAGAGGACAUGUACAGAAUAUACUAUUAAACAUUAAGAUAUUUUAGUUGUUUAAUAAAUGCCUGUAAACUUUAUCCAGUGUGCAAUAAUAGCUUUUAUAAAAGUCUUGUUAUACACUGCAAUCUCUUUUCAUUCAAUCCUGAUCAUAUCAUAUGUUCUUAUCCAAAU